UCAUUUUUAGUGUCAGCUGGUUACUGCAGUGCAGCGUGAAACCAACAAGCCUGUGGGAGAGAUGUAAACAUUCAUGCAUGUGCUGCGGAUUUACUAGCCUAAAACCCAAACCUGUUCAGACACUUGAUGUUGCUGUCAUCAUGGCUUCAACCUCCAGCUUUGCUCCACCAAAACUGGCUGACUUCAUCCUCACAGAGCGACUGGGCAGUGGCACCUACGCCACAGUCUACAAAGCCUACAGAAAAGGAGACAGUCGUGAAGUUGUGGCUGUGAAGGUUGUCGGAAAGAAAACUCUGAACAAAUCUUCCACAGAAAACCUGCUCACAGAGAUUGAAAUCCUCAAGACAAUGCGUCAUCCUCAUAUAGUCCAGUUAAAGGACUUUCAGUGGGAUGCUGAGAACAUUUAUCUGAUCCUGGAGUGGUGCUCUGGUGGCGAUCUUUCAAGCUUCAUCCGCAGUCGCAGAAUUUUACCAGAGAGGGUGGCGCGGCGCUUCCUACAACAGAUUGCCUGUGCACUCCAGUUUCUUCAUGAGCGAAACAUCUCACACCUGGAUCUGAAACCCCAGAAUAUUCUGCUCAACAACUCUGUCCUCAAACUAGCAGACUUUGGUUUUGCUCAGUACAUGUCUCCAUGGGAUGAGCAGAGCGUCCUGAGAGGCUCCCCCCUCUACAUGGCUCCUGAGAUGGUGUGCCGACGUCAGUAUGACUCCAGGGUGGAUCUGUGGUCGGUAGGAGUAAUUCUUUAUGAGGCUCUGUUUGGGCGACCACCCUUUGCAUCGAGGUCGUAUGCUGAGUUGGAAGAGAAGAUUCGGAGUAACCAACCUAUAGAGCUGCCUCCUGGGGCCAGAGUUUCCAAGGAUUGCAGAGACCUUCUGUUGCGGCUGCUCGAGAGAAAUCCAGAUGCCCGGAUCACCUUUGCAGAGUUCUUCACCCACCCUUUUGUGGAUCUGGAGCACAUGCCGAGUGCAGAGAGCAUAGUGAAAGCGAAGGAGCUGGUUCUGCAGGCCGUGCAGAAGGACCAGAAGGGAGAGAGGUCCGCUGCUCUCUCUCUGUACUGUAGUGCCCUUGAGCACUUUGUCCCUGCUAUUCACUAUGAGACAGACCGUCAGCGUAAAGAAGCCCUCAGGCAGAAGGUCAGCCAGUACACAUCCAGAGCCGAGGAGCUGAAAGCCCUGGUGGCCUCAGACAACAGACAGAGCUUUGAGGAGGCCCGGACCUCCAGGGACGUCCUGCGAGAAAUGUCUCGAGACCAACCCCGGCUACUGGCUGCUCUGGAGAUGGCGUCUACUGCCAUUGCUAAGGAGGAUAGUGGAGCAGAUGAUCAGGAGGCUCUUGAUGUUUACCAACAGUGUUUAGGAGAACUACUGCUGGCGCUCGCAGCCGAGCCGCAGGGCCGCAGGAGAGAGCUGCUCCACAGCGAGAUUAAAAGCCUCAUGUCCAGAGCUGAAUACCUCAAAAAGCAUAUCAAGAUGCAGGAAACUCAACGGGACGUCUCCCUGGAUCGAGAACCUCUGGCAGACUCUGUCAGAAGCUCUUGCUGUUUGCAGUAAACUGGACUUCCACAGUUGAACCAGGCUGGGACACCCCACGCAGCAUCAGACCACCUGUCAGUCAGCGCUCAGGUCACAGAGACUCCACCUGAGCAGGUUUCAGCUGGGGCCAAAUCAAACCUGCGCCACACCACAUCCUAACCGAAGCAGAACGCUGUCUGGGUGGGAUAUCCCAGCUGCCAGCUUCAUGUGGUGAAUGUUUGGCUGACGCAGGAGAGCUGAUGAUUUAUCUGGCAGGUUGAGAGCUUAUUAAUUCUUUUUGGAAAAUUUUGAAAAGUUUGGUUGGUAGAAAGGAGCUCUUGAAUUUAAAAUGUGCUCACUGUUGAAUGUCAAAGUUAGAUCCCUGCUCUACACUAUGUUGUUGCUCGGCCUCAAAUCCCUCUCCCUGAAACACCAUUGAUAUGUAAAUACUGGACAGCUUGUAUGACAAUACCACACUGUCAUGGUAAACGAGUUAAACUGAAGCUGCUGCAUUUAUUUCAGCCACACUGCAACUAAACUAGAAUCUUACCAAAUGUAGUUCUCUAAUUUGUGGUCAAAAAUAACUAGUUUCACUUAUAUAAGCCAUAUUGAUUCAGAAAGUGUAUAUAAACAUCUUAUUUAUAGAUUUAGAAAGCUAAAAGUUUGGCCUGAAUUGCAUGAAAUGUACUGAAAUAACAGCUUUUUGUUUAGUAUCUCGAAAUGAAAUAUCUGCAUCUAAAUAAGCAAGUACUUGUCAUUAUUAAACAGUAAAAUAAGCAUUUCCCAGUUGUAUUCAAAGAUGGGAGUUAUACAUACAAAGUUAUGCAUCACAUGAUGUUUUUACUCACUGCUGAAGAAUUAGUUCAACCACCAGUUACCUUAAUUUGGCAUUACUCCAUAACCUCACCUGAGAUGUUCUAUCACUUAAGUGCCAAUUCAAAGUCUGAAGUUAAAGUUUAUGUAUCAUCUGCCCAAAUCCUUAUUUUAAAUGCUGAAUCUCUCUUUUAUGGUAUUUAAUACAUAAAUGCUGACACUGUGCCUAUUUGUCUCUGCUGUUGUAGAUACCUGUAGUUGUAAACCAAGCCUUGGCUGCUUGGUUUGUGCCAGCAUCAUGCCUUAAAUCUUUAGAAUCACUAAAGUCUAAUCCAUGCUUGUAGUCAUAGUGACUCAUGCUGCUGUAAGCACCACCUACCUGUGCAUAGGUUUGCCUGCACUCUGCAGACAACUGCAAUACCAAAAAGCUACCUGAUAAUGCAAGUUCUAUGCUCAUUCCUGGUUGUGCCUCAAACUUCCCUGUUUGUUUGUGCACAGGAAACCACAGCAACUAAAAUUUAGCUGAUUAUGUUGUCACUGGGGCUGAUAAUUAUUGAGCGGCAGGUGAUAAUCCUGCAAUUAUUGCAGAGAAAUAGCGAGGAGCCUUUGUAGGAGAUGGAAAGUAUGGCUGUUGUAUGAGCUGAGGCACAGGACAACAGUGUUUUUCUCUGGCCACUGAAAGAAAUGGAUGAGGAAAUUCUAGUCUGAUGUUUUUAGACGCCAGCAAGUAAGUUUUACCAGUUUUAUAACUUUCUGCAGCCAUUUAUCUCACUCUAGAGUACACUCAAUGUACCUGUAGACAUUAUCCAGAGACCAAUCAUGGGACUUGCAGUCCACAUAAUUCCAUUUUGCGGAGGUGCACGUCAGCUGUGCUCAGGCCUCUGUGUAGGAUUCAAGGCUUUGCGAUGCUAGGGUGUAGGCUAUGACUUAGCUUCGAUGCAGAAGCACAAACGAGACCUGGCCCAUGGCCUUUCUCUACUAAAUCAAAACCACAGCUUGGUUUUAGCAGGUUGCCUUUGCAGGAAUUUUGACAUUGAGUUUACAGCAGUCGAGAGUUGUUUCUAGAAUUAGCACAUGUUACGCUUUUACCAUCACAUUCAUUUCCUUUGGUAACCUGACACACCACAUAGACUGUUGCAUAUAUCCAUUGCAUGGAUCGGCAGACUCUACCGUGGUGCAUGAACGGUGGAGCAUGUGGAUAAAAUUUAAGCCAAGGUUGGUCGGGAGAAGAGCAAAAGCAUCCUCUCUGCCAAGAAAAGCUUAUGGUGUAGAUCUCUGCUCUUGUUUUAAUAAAUGUGGCAAAAUUCUGAUAAAACUGACGCUUUUCUACUGCCAGUCCCUUCACCAGUAGCAGCUAUUGUAUGCACCGGCUUACAGUGGAACUUAUCCUCUGAUAGUGGAAGCUAUUGCUAUCGGCUUUCAGUACAACUAAACCCCGUCUGUAGCUACUGCCUCAUUCUCCUUAAACUGUGUUCGGUCUGGCACAAACACUGACUGGAGCUUUUCUAGAUGGAUUUGCCUGAUGACAGACUGGUUUGGUUUGAACCUCUUUGAUGUUAGUUUUCUUCCUCCAUGGACUCAAGCCUAUAGACAAGAAAAGUUUUGCAUUAGAAAAAUGACAUUUAAAUUGUUUUUGUUCUUAAUUUAUGCAGAUAUAAGCGGUUAAAGUACUUAACAGUGAUAUACACACCUUUUCUACCUUUUAAUACAGUUCCAUGUGGUCUGAAUGAAACAUCUAAGCUGUGCUUUGGUUAAAAUAUUAUAUGGAUCAUGCAUCAGAGGAGAUCUUUGACCCUGUUUAAACCAGCCCAAACAGCAUCUCUGAAAACAGUUCUUUUGGUGAGUUGCUGUUUAAAUUUGGAUUUAUUUGUUUUAUUAAAGAUUUAUUUAGAUUGAUAUCUCUUUCACAAGGGUGACCUGGCCAAGAGUCCAGCAGCACACGUCGUAAUAUAAUAGAAAUGCAAACCAGUUUCUUCUCAUGCCAUCCCUGGGAUGUACCAGUUAGAGUACAGCUUUGUGUUUCUAUGGCUGUUGGUGGAGAUGUCAGGCAUGGGGCAGGUAUUAUCAUAAUGACUAAAUGUGACCGUCAGCUUGCAUGUCUUUAGACACAAACAAGGGACAGGGUUGUCUUAAUUCACAUUUUGUGAGUUUGUAGAUAUUCUGGAUACCAAAAUAUAGGUGCAGAAAUACAGAAAAGUGCGUUUUUUUUAUGGUAAGUCCCCUUUAAAGUGGUGCAGGCAAUAAAAAUUGCCUGAUUGAUAAGGGUAAUGUUCUUGCUGAAGUUAGAAAAGUAAUGCAUUACAUACAAAUGCAAUCUGAUGUUUUGAAGUCUCAAUCACUACUCAUUAAAAGCAAUUCAGGUCUUAUUUUUGCUUUUUAUAUCUCAAAUUUGAUGUUACACUGACUUGUCUGGUGAUAGUGGCUUAUAAUUACUGUUAUGAGAUAUUUUUGACUAGAAGUUUGACUCACACACUUUCUAAAAUUUCAGUCUUUGCAGUGCAAAUGAUUGUGAACAUAUCUACAAACUGUGAAAACCUGAAAACACCAUCACAUAGAGACUGAAACAUUAAGAGAAAUCACGAGGUUUGGUCUGUAGUAAUAAGUGUAUUGUAAACAUGCACGUUCCCCCUCCCCCCUCCUCCCCUGCUGCCUUUACUGUGGGUCAACCACAGCCUCACCAUGCUCUCUCCGCUGAUGGAGCCCUCUCCACCACUAUGAGGGGAGAGCUGGAGAGGUGCGGCCUCUGCCUUAUUUACACUGGACUCACAUUUUCUUAGGUUUGGCACUGACUGCUUAUUUGAGGGAUACAGCGAGUCGUGGAGCUCAAGCAAAGCCUUCAUAACUAGGCCUCUGUAAGACGGCGAAAAAGCUUAACAGUCGGUGGCAGGCUGAUAAUCCUCACUGUUGUAGGUCCACAUAGACUGGUUUGAUCUCAGAAAGGUUAAGCACUUCAAUAUUCAAAAAGGGAACCAGACUUUGAAGAAGUGGAGAAAAAAAAUGCAGCAGGAUUUAGAGGAGAAACAUAAAAAUCUGACUGCUGGAAAGAUUUCCUUAGUGCUGUAUUGUUUUAUUUUUAUUUCCAUGUUUAUACAGCUGUGAUUUUAUACUUUAUGUAUUU